AUGUUCAMAACCGYAUUGGACACAAURCAUUCUGACGACCACAAAAUCAUUAUCAGAGCAGACAAAAGACCCUCUGGAAGCCAUGAAAGACAGUUCAAUGCUCCAACUAUCAAAGAAGUCGCAGUGGUGAUUGUUGGCGAAAAUGUGGCAUCACGCGAUAUUGUUCUUAAGCGUYGYGAUGGUGGAMAAUUGCAGCSCGUGUACGAGWCUCAUCGGUCAUAUGAUGCACUUCAAUACCCGUUGAUGUUCUGUCGAGGAGAGGAUGGGUAUCACUUAAAUAUAAAGAUGGUCAACCCAAUGACAGGAGAAGAAACGAAUAAAAAUGUCAGCUCAAUGAAUUUUUAUGCAUGUCGAUUGAUGAUUCGACAAGAUGUUGACAAUCAUCUAUUGAGAUAUCGCCGGUUGUUUCAACAGUACUGCGUCGACAUGUACGUCAAGGUCGAAACGGAGCGUCUCAAUUKCAUUCGCUUCUAUCAGUCAAAGUUACGAUCAGACGAGUAUAUCCACUUGCGUGAUGCCAUCGCUACCGAAGGAGACGCGGCCAACAUUGGUCGUUUGACUAUUUUCCCGGCUACUCAUAUUGGAAGCCCGCGCCACAUGCAUGAAUAUGCUCAAGAUGCGAUGACAUACGUGCGGAAUUACGGACGACUUGAUUUGUUCAUCACGUUUACUUGCAAUCCGAAAUGGCCCGAAAUUACAAAUCAGUUGCUGACAGGACAAACACCAAGUGAUCGAAAUGACAUCACUGCACGAGUAUUCAAACAAAAGAUCGUWGUACUCAUGAAUUACAUCGUUAAGCAGAAGGUCCGACCAGAUCAUAUUGAUUCGGUCAUUUCUGCCGAAAUACCAGAUCCAGAAACAGAUCCUGAGCUGCAUUAUGUUGUGACCACGAACAUGAUACAUAGCCCUUGCGGAACUCAGAAUCCUGGGUCACCGUGCAUGCAAAACGGAAACUGCAUUAAGCGUUUUCCGCGUCCGUUUGUGGCUGACACAAUCAGUGGAAUCGACGGAUAUCCAUUGUAUCGGCGUCGUUCUCCAGAUGAUAACGGCAGAUCAAUCAUAAUGAAAGUCAAGGGAAAAGAUGUCGUCGUCGAUAAUCGCUGGAUCGUUCCAUAUUGUCCACUUUUGUCGAAAACGUUCUCAAAUCACUGCAAUGUUGAGUAUUUCAACUCCAUAAAAUCUAUCAAAUAUGUUUGCAAAUAUGUGAACAAAGGGAGUGACAUGGCUGUGUUUGGCAUUGCUGAUCCAAAUGCAAACGAAAAGUUGAUGAAAUUUCAACUUGGACGUUACGUGAGUUGUAAUGAGGCAAUUUGGCGGCUGUUUUCAUUUACAAUUCAUACGUUCAUUUACGUUAAUUUGAGAAAGUUAUCGGGUUAG